GGCGGGUGUCGGGUCGGCCAUCACUCCUCACUAGCCACCAUGUUGGGAGCUGCUGCGCGCGCCUGCUCCUCUGUCCUUAAGGCGACCAAACCUACCAUCGUCGCCAAAAAUCUUCAAAAUGCAGGCACCAGGACCGUCCCAGCUCUGUACAUCAGCCAUCGUAACUAUGCUGCCAAGGCUGAAGCCGCCACCCAGACUGGAGUGGCCGCCGGCAGGAUUGUGGCAGUAAUUGGUGCCGUAGUUGAUGUCCAGUUUGAUGGAGAGCUGCCACCCAUUUUGAAUGCUCUGGAAGUAGAGAACCGUGUUCCUCGGCUGGUGCUUGAGGUUGCCCAGCAUCUUGGAGAGAACACUGUGCGUACUAUUGCUAUGGAUGGUACCGAAGGUCUUGUCCGUGGUAAUGCCGUGAAGGAUAGCGGCAGCCCAAUUUCCAUUCCUGUUGGGCCUGGAACACUUGGUCGCAUCAUUAACGUGAUUGGUGAGCCAAUUGAUGAACGUGGUCCCAUCCCUACGGAGCAUUUCUCUGCCAUCCAUGCUGAGGCUCCUGACUUCGUUGACAUGUCUGUUGAGCAGGAGAUCCUUGUAACAGGCAUCAAGGUGGUAGACCUGCUGGCCCCAUACUCCAAGGGUGGAAAGAUUGGUCUGUUCGGUGGUGCUGGUGUAGGCAAGACUGUACUCAUCAUGGAACUGAUUAACAACGUUGCCAAGGCUCAUGGUGGUUACUCAGUGUUCGCCGGUGUCGGUGAGCGCACCCGUGAAGGCAAUGAUCUCUACCACGAGAUGAUUGAAUCCGGCGUCAUCUCCCUGAAGGAUGACACCUCCAAGGUAUCUCUGGUGUACGGUCAGAUGAACGAGCCUCCAGGUGCUCGUGCCCGUGUCGCUCUGACUGGCCUCACCGUGGCAGAGUACUUCCGUGAUCAGGAAGGACAGGACGUGCUGCUCUUCAUCGACAACAUUUUCCGUUUCACUCAGGCCGGUUCUGAAGUGUCUGCUCUUCUUGGACGUAUCCCAUCCGCUGUAGGUUACCAGCCUACUCUGGCCACUGACAUGGGUACCAUGCAGGAGCGAAUUACCACCACAAAGAAGGGUUCCAUCACAUCCGUGCAAGCCAUCUAUGUGCCCGCUGAUGACUUGACUGAUCCUGCCCCUGCCACCACUUUUGCUCACUUGGACGCCACCACUGUGUUAUCUCGUGGUAUCGCCGAGUUGGGCAUCUACCCUGCUGUGGAUCCCCUCGAUUCCAUCUCCCGUAUCAUGGACCCCAACAUCAUCGGACACGAGCACUACGAUGUUGCCCGAUCUGUGCAGAAGAUUCUCCAGGAUCACAAGUCACUUCAGGAUAUUAUUGCUAUCUUGGGUAUGGAUGAGUUGUCUGAGGAGGACAAACUUACAGUAGCACGUGCCCGCAAGAUCCAAAAGUUCCUGUCUCAGCCCUUCCAGGUUGCUGAGGUCUUCACUGGUUAUUCUGGCAAGUUUGUCUCUCUGGAGAAGACCAUUGUAAGUUUCAAGGAGAUAUUGGAGGGCAAGUACGACCACCUGCCAGAGGCUGCCUUCUACAUGCAAGGCGAGAUUCAAGACGUGAUCGAGAAGGCCGAGCAGUUGGCAACCCAGGGAAGCUAAGCGUUGUGGCUAGAGAUAUCUUUUUGGUUAAUUUAAUGCUAAGUUAUGUACAGAGUGCUUGUAAACGUUCCAGUAACAGUCGUUACUUAGAAGUACGCUGGGCACAGCUCUGAAAUUAUGGCAAAACAUUUAACAUGGGUAUUCCAAAAAAGGAAUCAAAUGUGUUGUACAGAAUUCCAGUGAGAAUGUAAAUUUAUAUAAAUAAAUGUUAAAACCCC